AUGCUGCGUAAAAGCUUUACAAACGUAAUUAUUAAGGUUAGGGGCUGUAACAUACAGCCAACAAGGAAUUCUGCUUUAUUUGUAAGUGGUGCCAAAGCUACUGAAAACUUUAUUUACAUAACUCCACAUGUUGAUUUCCCUGAAAGAAUACAGGACAAGAAGGCUUUACAAAAAGUUCUGCAAAAAAGGAAGGCUGAUAUUGACCUGGCCAAGGUAGAAGGUCUCUGGCAGGUUUAUGAGGACCUCAAUGCAAAGAAAGCAGAGUAUACCAAGAAAAAGGAAGAGUUAUCACAAGAACUUGGGAAGCUGAUCAAAAAUGAACCAGACAGUGAAAACACAAAGAAACUUAAAAUGCAAAGUGAUCUCAUUAAAGAAAAUAUUAAGAAAUUAAAAGUACCUCUAUGGUCAGCAGAAGAAGCUGCUAUGGUUGAAGCCUUAAAGAUACCAAACAAUUUACAUUAUCGCACACCAGAUAGCAAAAACAAAAUUUUAUACUCACAACUUUCUCGACCCAAGAAAGAGAAGAACCAUCUCAGAAUAGGCAAACUAAUGAAUAUUCUUGACUUUAAAAAGAAUGAGAAUUACUAUUUAUUAGGAAACGGAGCAAUGUUUGAGUUGGGAGCAAAAUUUUUUUUCAGCAAAAUACUGAAAGACAAGAAUUUUGUGCAGUUUUCAAAUCCAGAUUUUGUUAAAAGUUUAAUUGUUGAAGGCAGUGGCAAAGACCAUACUAACCCUGAUGUCAGCUUCAUUUUACAUCAUAAUGAGGACACUAAAGUUAAUAUUGAUAGCAGAUUGCACCUCACUGGUGGGGGAUCUCUCUGCUCCUUCCUUGCAUACCAUGCCAAGAAUGUGUUGCCGGCCAAAGCCUUGCCCCUGAAGUACUUUACAAUGGGGAGGCAGUACAUACCUGCAGCUGCUGAAGAGGACAGUCUGUUCCACGUCAGUCAGUCAUCUGUUGUAGAAUUCUUUGGAGCCUCUAAAACUGAGCAGGACCAAGAUCAAUUGCUUGACGAGCUCAUUGACACAGUAAAACUUGCAUACAGUAAAAUUGGGUACCAUUUCCGAAUGAGUUUAGUUUCAGCUGACAAGUUGUCUAUGUGGGAAUCACUCAGGCUCUCAGUAGAGAUGUAUUCAACAUCCUUAAAAGACUAUGUGGAGGUGGCCAAUGUGUCCGUGAGUGGAGACUUCCUCAGUAAGAGGUUAAUGCUAACUUAUGUUGAAAAUAAAGAGAAUAAAUUCCCUCAUCUGGUUUCCGGUACAUUGUUGAAUGUACCCAAAUUUUUGGCGUGUGCACUGGAGCAGGAUGAAGAGUUUACUGUUCCCAAAUUUGCAAAGAUCGAGAGAUAUUUAUAUUGUGAUUAAAAUCUCUAUAACAAAGGAUAAAGUCAGAAAUGGCUUUUCCUGUGAGGUUUUAUUGUUCUUUGAUAUAGAGAUUUUGUUGUGCAUUUCUUUCUCAAGUCUUAUAAAAAGGUGUUAUUUCUAGAAAUAUUAUAUGAAUAAAAAGCGUAUUUUAUUCAAAAA